AUGUCCAGUUCGGAGCCGAUGCCCGUCGACGAGACAUCCAAAGUCGUCCUUUGCGUCGAGGACCUCACCAAGGUCUAUCGCAUGGGCGAAGUCGACGUGAAUGCGCUUCGGGGGGUCUCCGUUUCCCUGGAAGAGAGCGAACUGAUGGUGUUGCUCGGGGCCUCGGGCAGCGGCAAGUCGACGCUACUGAAUAUCAUUGGCGGGCUCGACGUUCCGACGACCGGCCGCGUCCGGUAUCGCGAUCAAGACCUCACGGCUGCCGACGACGCGGCGCUAACGCUUUAUCGGCGCGAACAUGUCGGGUUCAUCUUUCAGUUCUACAACCUAAUCCCCAGCCUGACUGCGCGAGAGAACGUCGCACUGGUCACCGAGAUAUCGACCAACCCAAUGGCGCCCGAAGAUGCGUUGGAGCUCGUGGGGCUCGCCGAACGAAUCGACCAUUUUCCUGCGCAGCUUUCGGGCGGCGAGCAGCAGCGGGUGGCGAUCGCUCGCGCGGUGGCCAAGCAGCCGGAAGUUUUGCUGUGCGACGAACCGACGGGUGCACUCGACUUUAGAACCGGCGUCCUCGUGUUGGAGGUGCUCGCGCGUAUUAACCGCGAGUUCGGAACGACGACGGCGGUCAUCACGCACAACGCGCCGAUCGCGGCCAUGGCCAACCGGGUCGUGACGCUCGCCGACGGAAGUAUUCAAAGCGACGUGCGAAACGAAACGCUGGUCGCACCUUCGGAGAUUCGCUGGUGA